AUGUGAAUGGUUUCAGAUACAGACUGUACAUGGCUCAGCAAGUUGCCAGGAAAAAGUUGACUAAAGUGCAGUCUAAAAUGAAAAAGCGUUACGAUUGUAAAACUGAGAAUAAAGAAUUUUUUCCUGGAGACAAAGUGUUGGCACUGACUCCACUUCUCACAUCUCCCUUUCAAGCAAAGUACUCUGGGCCCUACGCAGUGUUAGAAAGGUUGUCAGAUCAGAAUUAUUUAAUCUCUACACCUGCUCGUCGAUCUGAUAAAAACCUGUUUCAUGUAAACCUCUUGAAACCUUAUGUGUCUCGUGACUUAUCGGAUGGAGUGUCUGCAAUGAGUGCUGCUAGUCAUCCUGUUUGUUUGUCAAUAUCGUCAGGUAGGGAGAGAGCGACCGGCUGUACAUUCAGAAGGGCGUCUGCAGUCGUGGGCGUGGACUGGUUUGGCGUCCUCCUCUUCCUCCUUCCUUCCACCAUGCUCUGGGCGCGUGGCACGGACUGGCGUCGCGUGCAGCGGAGCACCAUCUUUCAUUUUUUUCUUUUACUCUUAGUUUAGUUUAAAUAAAUGCUUUUGUUUUGAUAUUUUAA